GUGGGAUGGCCAGGACGGUCAAUUAGGUACAAUAUUAACUUCAUAUUGUCCCUCUUCUCUGAUCAUCUUAACGACUCCAAACCUCUGCAAGUGUCGCGUUGUGUGUUGUCUUGUUUUGUUUGAUCUGAAAGAAUGGGAGUCGAAGGCACCAUAGAUUACUUCGCUGACUUGCUCAGCAAUCUCAAGAAGAAGAAGAAGAAGCAGACACAAACCGUCGCUCUCAAGGUCCGCAUGGACUGCGAGGGCUGCGCUCGCAAGAUGAAGGCUGUUCUCUCCAACGUCAAAGGGGCUAAGUCGGUCGACGUGGACUUGAAGCAGCAGAAGGUGACGGUGACGGGGUACGUGAACCAGAAGAGGGUGCUGGAGGCUGCCAAGGCGACGAAGAAGAAGGUGGAGCCGUGGCCGUACGUCCCCUACACCCUAGAAGCUCAUCCCUACGUGUCUCAGGCUUACGACAAGAAGGCACCGGCCAACCAUGUCCGGGCCGUCCCGAAAACUGCCACCAUCACGGAGACCACCGUGGACAGUCAAUACACUGAGAUGUUCAGCGAUGACAACCCGAACGCUUGCUCCAUCAUGUAGUUUAACCCUAUGUCAACAAUUUAAUUGGUUUUUACAGCGACCUAAUUAGAUUGCGGUUUUGGUUUCUUCAGUUUGUACAUAAGUAUUUCGGAAUAGAAGACGCUCGAUUCAGUGUUAAUAUAUAUGGUUACAAAAUAUUGUAUCACU